AGUCAAGUGGAUGCGUGUUGCUCUUCUCUGUUUGCCAGUCUUGUUCCAGAGGCGUGACCGCGCUUUACACUGGAUACCUGGGUGACUGCUGAAUAGUGAGAGAUGUUGUUAUAAUAUCCUUCCGGCGUGAUGCGGGGACCCUGUGUGUGUUUUGCGUGAAGGCGAGGAUGUGAUCUGCAGGAUGUGACUGAGGAGAGCCGCAGAUGAAUAUUAAUUGGCAUCGCAGGGCUCAGCAGUAAAUUGAGAAGUCGCACAGUGGCUCCCCUGCAGGCCAUUGGGAUACUGCAGCAUUGUGGACCACAACACUGAACGGACAUGCCUCACGUGACUCAAAAUAUAAGGAGCUGAGGGUAAUUGGGAGCUAAAGACUUCACAAGACUUCCUCAAAUCCAUUCUAUGGAGGUCAAAGGUCGCCUCAUCACUGCCAUGGGCUUAGGGGCUCCAGAUGUCCAGGGCUGUCAGGACAGCAAGCUGCAAGUGGAGCGGAUCUCAGAACUGCAGGAGCGAAAGCAGAGUCUGCAGAGCCUUUUGAACAGCCGUCUCGGAGAACUGCGACAAGUGUGUCUUCUGGAGGCGGAGCUCACUGGGAAGCUUCCACAGGAUUUUCCUUUAGAAGAAGGGGAAAGACCUCCCUUUGUUCAGCGCCGAGCUGGUCUGGCCCCUCACAUUACCUCAAAAGGAGAGGAUGACGCAGGUCAGCGACGACAGAUGAAGGCUCUCUUCAGUGGUGCCCUGCGCCGGAGCAUCGAUUCUGAUAAAAAUGCAUUGCAUAGUAAGAGGACUGUUCAUCGGGGAUGCCACACAGAGGAAACUGUGAAGUCAGAGAGCAGUUCAAUGUCAGACUCAACAUCACAUGACAAUGGCUGUAGCUUUGAUACACAACUCUGUCACCUGUGGUUCACAGAGGAUUCGUCUCCCAGUGUGGCACCUGAGCAUCGCUCCUUGUCUCACCCCCGGCUGGCCCCAGGCAGUCCUGACAGUAGGCUCUGCAGAAAGCUGUCACCUGUGGAAAUCUACUAUGAGAUGAGGACUCGCCGCAACUCGGCCUCAAGCUCUGUGAGCCCGAGUCACUCACUCCCAAGAAGUGCAUCCAAUGUGGAGGGCAGAAGUGUUCCAGCCACACCGCUGUUGUCCCGUACUGCACCAAUGAGCGUCCACAUGAGGCCGGAGAUGUCUUUUGGUAUUGCACUAAAGCAGUGGUACGGUAGUCCAGAUGUUCCUCAGUUUGUCCCGUUGGCAUCUUUAGAGGGCUCCUCUUCUGAGCGCCGCAGCUGCCCGUAUGGUUCCCGCGCCCGUCGUAGCAACAGCUCUGAGGCGCUACUCGACCGCUCGAGUCUCCCUGAGCCCGGUCCUUCCCGCAACGGCAUGCCACCCCGAGCUGGACCAUACAAGAGCUCCGAGUCCCUCACAGAUGGGAAGCUCCGUCAGAUCUAUCAAGGCAGCCCAGACAGACAGAUGAUGGGAUUUAAAGACCAGGGUCGAAUGCGCUCCUCUCUGGGCGGCCAAAGCAGUGGCAUGGGUUACAAUGAGAUUUUGAUGGACUACAUUUGGGGCAAACAGCAAAAGGGGCCCAUCCAGGCUCAACAGAACCAGUCAGCAGGACGAAUCUGGCCAGACUUCUCCACUCCUCCAUCGGGCACCCCUCCACACUACAAUGGUUUCUCUCAUUCACAGUUACAUCUGGCGGCGGCUCCACCUUUUUACAGCCCCAUGCUGCUGCGGGGUCAAGAGGCCGAACCCCGUCGGGUAAAAGUGACACGCACAAAGUCCUGUGGACCCUUCAUCCCUUUACAGCAGCACUCACAGGAUGCCGUGUUGUUCUCUGCGUAUGACCUAUCACAUCCCACUGCUGGAUCCACAGCUUCUUCUAUUCCUAACCUGCUCCCUCACCACACAGAGCUGUCCACUGCUGCAGCGCUCGGCCGCAGACCACCUCAGUUCUCUCUGCCCACUCCUGAGGACUCCACCCGCAGUCUGCACAAGGCUCUGGCUCUGGAAGGACUCCGGGACUGGUAUCUGAGGAACGCCUUAGGUUAUUCCACUAUGGCCAAAGGUCACGAUGGACUCACCAUGCGCCAUUCACAUACUCACCACCUGGUGCACCAGCCCCAGUCUGUUACAGGCGACCCACUGUACUCUGUGCACCGUCAAAUACCUCAGUCAGCUUCAUUUCAUGGGCAUCCCUUGCAAGCCAGGUCUGUGGAGCUCUCUCUCUACUCGGAGCCUUUUCCCACCGAGGGGGGCGCUCCGAAAGAGUCGGGCUCUGAGCCUCCUUCACCUGGAACACUUGUCUGACUGGCAGCCAACACACCCCACAGCCUCCAGUGCAACCCGUUACAAUAUCUGAUGCAAAAUGACACCUUGUCUUAGGCAUGCACCAGUCCAAUACUGUGCUCAAAAUUAAGGGGGAAAAACCAUUGAAAUAAUGCAUUCUUUGUAGCAUAAAUGCUGGCACACAAACAAUGACAGCAGGACAAAAUAGAAUUUGAUUGGAGAUAGGUAUAUAAUUACAGCAUUAUUUAAAAGUACAAUUAUUAAACUGUAUUUAAAAAUGAUAUUGGUGCAUCGUUGAGCAAAUAAGGAGGCAUCUGUAACAGCUCAGAACUGAAAUUGAGGAGCUCCCCCCCCCUCAUUCUCUGUUUAUGUAUUAUUGGGAUGUUAUUGUAAUGUAUUUACAUUUUCAAAACAAAAUAUAAAGGUAAUCAUAUCAUCUCAACUUCAUCCUGAGAUAUAUAGAUAUAUAUAUAUAUUUUCAGAGAAUAAAAUAUAUUAUAAGAUGUAGGUAUUCUAAAUGACUAUUUUGUAA